AUGUCGACAAAUGAUUCAAAAUUAUUUUCAUCAAUUAAAUAUUUUACAACUGGUUUCCGUGAUUCAACACUUGAAAGUAUAUUUAAACAAAAUGGUGCUAUAAGAUCAUUUUAUUUGACUGAAACAACAACACAUGUCAUAUGUGAUGAUUUUGACAGUAAUAAAAGUGAAUUAGAACAAGCUAUUGAAAUAUAUCAAACGCCAAUUGUUAAUUCAAAUUGGAUAACAUCAUGUUUAAAAUGUAAUACAUUAUUACCAAUUGAUCCAUUUCGUAGUGUUGAUAGUAAUAAUACAGAGCAUUUAUUUCGUUCAUGUACAUUUGCAAAUGCUAAUUUAUUAAAUGAAGAUCAUUAUAAAAUAUAUGCAUUAGUUACUUAUUAUGGUGGUCGAUGGGCAACAAAUUUAGAUGAUCCUAAUUGUACACAUAUUAUAUGUGCAUCAGCAUUAUCAAUAAAUAAUACUGAUGAUGAAAUUAUUAAUAAUCAUCGAAAUAAUGAUGAACGUCUUCAUAUUGCAUACGAAAUUCAAUCAGAAAAAAGUCAUUUAAUAACACCAGAUUGGAUUAUUGAUUGUUUAAAUGCUAAUCGUUUAUUAGAUGAAAUUGAUUAUCAUCCUGAUUUAUUAAAAGAUCCAAAUGAACCAAUGGAUAUUGAUGAUGAUGAAUUAGAUGAUGAACAUAAUAAUAAUCCAUCAACAGAUGAACAUACACCGACAAAAA